AUGGCGGCGCGGUUCUGGGUGUUGCGGUGCUGCUCCUGCCGCCUCUUCCAAGUGCAGCAGGCCAAGCGGAGCGGGAAGUGGAGCUGCAGCGUGUGCGGCCAGCGGCAGGCGGGGCAGAAGGUUUACGGCCAAGGGUCUGGCCUGGAGUGUAGGCACCAUGUCCAGAAAUUAAACUUGCUUCAGGGUGAGGCAGAGGAAGCAAUUCGUUGGACGUCUUGGUGCGUAGAAGAAUCUGUAAAUGACAGCAAAAAUGUAGCAGCCCAACACGAAGACAGUUCUGUCCAGCAGAAAGGAAGGGCAGAAGUCAGUCGCUGGAGUAAAUAUCUGGAUAAAGACAGUGAAGAUCAGGAACAUGGGGAGGAGGAGGCAGGUACAGAAAGGCAACAGUUUUGUUCCCGGAGGAAGAACACUGUGAAAGAACAAAGGAAACAGCAGAAGAGCUUCCUCUCCAGUGAUACUCAGGAGGACGCAGAGGAAAAUGGAGUUCUCCAGCUUGCCUACCAAGCCAAAAAGCGCAAGAAAUGUUUCGUAGCAGCAGCUGAUCAAGAUGAUGGAGAUGCUGUUUUUGGAGACAGUGUGGUUCCUGCUCUGUGUGAGUCUGCAGUGCUGGAGGAGAAUACACAAACCCCAACUGCUUCUACGAAACCCUCUAAGUGGGAAAAAUUUCUCUCGUGUUCUGACAGCUAUUGUGAAAAUGCUGCCAGGGUGCCCUUGUCACCACAGGAGGGCAGUGGAGGGUUGGGGCUACACAGCACCGCUGCAGCAGAUGCUGGUGUGGCCAGUAGGUGCUCAGAGCAGGCUGGAAGAACUCUACCUCAAGGUACAGGUUUUGAAUUUAAAAAGCAUGUUGCUAGCACUGAGCAGCUUGCCUCAAAACUGUCUGGCAGCGUGGUGCCCAGUACCAGUUGCUCAGCUGAGGAGGAUAUGUUGUUCAAAGAACCUCAAAGCCAGGUGAUAAGGGCAGGACCUGGUAUCUUGGAGACCACUGCAGGAAGGGGCUGUUUGGGUAGCCCUAGGAAGGCAAACACCCUUGGAAACUGUAGUGCUAGGCCAAAGCCUAGCAGUGUUUCUUGUGAACACCUCUUCUGCACUGGUGAGGAAUUUGAUGAUGACCUCUGA